CCAGAGUGUGUUGUGCUCAUCGCUGCUCAGAAAUUGGAUAGACUCUUUUCUGUGAGUUGCUAAGACAAGUUUUUUUUUUUGGUUCUUGCUCCAGUCUCUAGAAAAAGAAGUGGAUAAAAAAAUGGAGUACAGAAGAAAAGUGCUUCUUGCUACAAUAAUUUUCAGAGCUGUCUGCUACAAAGUGACUGCACAGGAUACAAGAGUACUGGAUGUCCAAAAGACCAUAGAUGUUGUGGAUGACCAGUACAAAGGAUGCCGUGAUGAGGCCAUGAAGAAGUUCAUUGAGUCAGAUGUGUUAAAACAAGAACUAAGCAACAGUGAAGGAUUUCAGAAAGCGUGGAAUAAAAGUAUUGAGUGUUCAAAACCGAUUCCAGGAGGAAGAAAAGAGCAUAGUGCUGCACUUUCAGUCUAUCUUAAAGGAGAUCGGCCUUUCAUAAACACACUGAACAAAGCAAUAGAGACAAUGGGUGGAAAUGUUAGCAUCUAUGAAAACCACUUCCACUUCAAGUCUCUUCAUUUCCUGCUGAUGGACUCCAUGAGGCUGCUGAAGCCAAAGGAGUGCAAGAACUUUUAUGUUCUGCUAAGUGGUCAAAACCAACCACAGAAAGGCUCCACAGUGAGAUUUCCAAGUUUCACCUUAGCUCAUUCAAACUAUGAAGAGCCAAACAAUUAUUAUGAUCUGUUUGAGGACAUCAUUUUAAAUAUCAAAUCUUGUUUCUUUGUCAGUCUGGAAGAACACACUUGCACUAAAGCAGGGGAUACAUUUCUCUUAUCUCCAGCAGAAGUUUUCACUGUGGAUGGUGUAAAUAGCAAAACUGUGGAGGAUGGUGAAGAAUAUGUUGAGAUUGUUUUGAAACAUUCAGGACUGAAAAGCUCACACAACUGUUUUAUCUUUCCGAGGGUCUCAGGAGAACUGGAACCUUUCAUAACUGUCACAGAGAGAGAUAGGUCUCCUCCAGCUGUUGUCUCCACCCUGUGGCUUGCGUCAGUGCUUGCGGCCUUAUCUUUGUUUUCUUUAACUGUUUAGCAAAAACAGUUAUCA